AUGGGACAGGCAGAGAGGAAGGAUUCCCAGUACUUCUCCAACCUCGUGGUAGGCUGGACUCUUACAGAGACCCCCAACUCACUGCAGGCCCAUACCUCUGCAUUCUGUGGCCCCAGAGUCCUGCUGAACAGCGAGCUCCCAACCUGCACCUGCAGCAUCUACCAGCCCUGGGGUUCAUCCUACAGCUUCAUCUGCACCAAGAGAGCCAUCUAGCAGUGCCUGGGCAGCCAUUCCUCCAGCCUGGACACCAGCUCUUGGGAGUGUGAGCAGCCUGACAACCUCUUAAAAAGCUCUCUUCUUGCUCCUCAGAUGACUUCCAGCCCCUGAGAGGGACAGGAUGGCCAGCAGCAGAGCCAGCAUUCAUGGUCCGGGAAACUCGCUGCUUCCGAGUGCCAGCCUGUGCUCCAGCAGGGCUAGCAGUGCAUAUUGUGCUGCCCUAUUUUCCCCACACCGUGGCUGCUCAAGACCCAGAUCCAGCUCAGCUCCCAGGAGGGCUACAGCUGCGAGGGGUUCUACAGUAGGCCCGAGGUCCUGGGGGGGAGCAGGAUUUCAAGGCACAGGAGGCUGCAGCCCCCGGGGUGUCCGUGCAGCCCCAGCAGCCAGGCAGCUGCCACGGGAGGGCACUGCUCCAUCACUCCUGCCAGCAGCAGAAUGAAUUGCUUCAGGAGCAGCCAGCUCCUGCCUGUGCGCUGCUUUUGCCUACGCAACACUUCCGCCAUCCUUUAA